GUUUUUACGGACCUUUACCCUAUACGUAAUAUCGCUACGUUCUUUUCAUUCACUGCACUUUCUAUUCGUAUAAAACCAUUUCAAAACACCAUUCCAGAUGGACUUAUACGAAGUAUAUAUUUUGACAGCUGUGAUUGUUGUCUAUCUUUUGUUUAUGGUUUGAAGAUUAUUUUUGUUUGAAAUUCAUUCAUAAAAAUGGAUUCGAUAACGUAUAUAAAGAAAGAGGAGCCAGUUGAGUACGUUCUUACAGCAGAUGAUCAAGGAAAAGUGCAAGAUUUAACGAUUCCGAAAGAAGUGACGAAGGAGAAAUUCUCGGCAACCAUUAAGCAAGAACUGAAUAGCUGCAGUGGUUCAGAAAAUGAAAACAUUGACAAGGCGGAACGUAACAAAGGACCUUUCAAAAUAUUUCAAUGUGAUAAAUGCAGCGUAGGAUACAAAUCGUUACGUACGCUACACAAGCACAUUCAGAACCAUAAUCGACAGGAUAAAGUACAAUGUAAAAUAUGCAAAGGAUUUUACAAUACAUCACAGUUGCCACUUCACAUUCAAAUACACACCGGACCACCGUACAAUUGCCCAAUUUGUUUAAAAAAAUUUGAGAUGAUUCAUAGUUGGAAAAAACACUGUAGAAUCAUGCAUAGAGAGAAAACAUUUAAGUGCGAAAAAUGUCAACGAUCGUUUCUACAGAAACACGCUCUAAUGGAUCAUAUGCAGACACAUGAAGAAAGAGAAAAGAGUUUUACGUGCAAAGAAUGUGGCGUUUGCUUCUAUCGUGAGGAAUCCUUUACUCGUCACUUAAGCAAACAACAUUCACACAUACCCCGUCAAUUAUACAAAUGCUCGAACACUGCUUGUAAUAAGAUCUUCAGAACAAAUCGCUUUUUCCAGUCUCACGUCUGUCGAAAAAAAGGCAUAGAAAAGUUACCAAAAAGAAUCAAAUACUUAAGUUGCACCACAUGUCUGUGUGACUUCUCCACGAAAAAAGCUUUCAAAGAUCACCAAAAAAUGCAUCGCCGAGAGCAACGCACCGAGUACUUAACGUGUUCGACAUGUCAGAGUCAAUUUUUUACGAAAAAGGAUUUAAUAAAGCAUCAGUCAUUGCACCAAGAGGAUCGUCGAGAGUUGAUUCGGAAGCGAAAAAAUAUGCACGCAAAGCGGCGCAAUUGCGAACAGUGUAAUCGAAAUUUUAAGAUAACCGACGCGAGCUAUCAGCUACAUUUGGCUCAACAUUGUCCCGACAAGAUAAUGUAUGAGUGCGACAAUUGUUCACGCUUGUUUUACGGCAAAUUUGCUAUCCUCGCUCAUUUAUCUCAGGCGCAUAAGAAUCACUUUGAGUGCGAAUGCGGAUCAGCAUUCACGAAGAAAGAGGAGAUAGUUGAACACAUACUUCUCGCACACUCGCCCAAUUGUUUCGAAGAAGAUGAAAAGGGGACGUUUACUUGCUUGAGAUGUAGCAAGGCAUUCGUUGAUGUUGAACUGUAUCUUGAACAUAUGCAAGAGGGACAUUGUGCCUACAAAUUCAAAUGUACACUGUGUGAUAAGAGAUUUCCCAGUAACAAGGCGUUGAAAAGGCACGCAAUUCAUCACUUAAGAUAUUCUUGUGCUCACUGUGGUAGAUCCUAUCACAAUAAAAAUUCACUUAAAGUGCAUAUGCAGAGAGGUGAACACAACACAACGUUUGUUUGUAAAUUUUGCCACAAAGUAUUUUUAAACAAAGGCUCGCGUAAUACUCAUUCAUUGUACCACUGCCCCAAAAACAGUGGAAAAGUAUUUCUUUGCGAUAUUUGCAAGUCGGUGAAAUACACCAAAAAAGCUGACAUCAUCAAACACAUGCUGGUCACGCAUUCACCGAAAACUGUUAGAGCGAACGAUGAUGGAUCGUUUACGUGCGGUCGAUGCAAAGCGGUAUUUGUUGGCAAAGAUUAUUUCCUUAACCAUGUCCAUUUGCGUAAUUGUGUGAAGAAAAUUCAAUGCGAAAAAUGUUCGAGAGUCAUGACACAUUCACGAUAUGAUGUACAUGAUUGUGGACAGCAUAAUAGCGAGUCAAGAGCGUUCAAAUGUGAGCUAUGUGAUAGUACAUUCAAAACUAGUUACACCUUGUUGAUGCACAUGCGAAGAGGCGAACAUCGCACCAGCUUCGAGUGUGAAUAUUGCCAUAAAGUAUUUAGCGGUAAAGGAUCUUACAUGAGUCACUACAAAAAUUUUUGCAAGAAAAACAAACCUCAGGAAUUGAGACCGGAACUGCCGACAAAUUUUGAAUGUAAAUUAUGCGACAGAAAAUUCGAUAACUUGGGAUCGUAUCUUACUCAUUGCAAAUUUUUUUGUAAAAUGAAUCAGCCAGAUGUGAGUGAUAACGAAAGUGGCAAUGUUGUAGUAACAAAAUUACCGGUUGUACCCAUAUACAAAAAUCUGUAUGGUGAUUAUUAGCUAACAAAUGACGGUUUAAAGAAAAUAAAUUUCAUCGCAGAAA